ACAGAGCCAAAUUCCGAUACAAUCAAAUAAUAUAAAUACCAUAAAUUGAAUUCCUAAUCGGGGUUCCUUCUAUAAAUUUAUUUAUUUGAUUUAUUGGAAAAAAUAAUAAUAAUAUGGGGAUGUCAAAAAGUAUCAAGGUUAUUGUAUCUCUUGCUCUCAUAUUAUUUUUGGCCCUUGCAGCAACCAAGGUUGAAGCCACAAGAUACAUAAGUUAUCGUGGUAUGAAUCAUGGAGAUCAUGCUAUACAUUGUGACAAAGCCCACCCUAACACCUGCAAGAAGCAAGUAGCAAAUCCUUACAGGAGAGGAUGCGGAACAAUCGAACGUUGCCGUCGUGAUACAGGUAGAAAAUGAAUCAACCAACCCACCCAAGAGCAUAAAAUAUUGCAUCAACACCUUUGGUUAAGAAUGUGUUAACAUGUUUCUCAUUGGAAUACCUUCGUUAUCUGUAUACACACUUCACAUCCUCAUAUUCAUUUGUUAAUGAGAUUGUUUUGGCUUUGUAAUUGAUUGUAAUUAUAUUAUGUUAUGAUCAAUCAUAUUUAAAUAUAUUAUAUCCAAUAUCUCGAGCUAUUGUCUCUUUCUUAUAUGCAUUUGAGCAAUUAUCAUACUUCUUGCCACAAUAAUAUAACAAGAACUAUGGGAAUAUAC